AUGGAAAGACCUCAUGAAUCUGACAACAGCUCCUACAUAGAAAAGGCAAAUGCUUCCCACUACUCAAACCACCAACAAUCUCCAGCAGACGGAGACGUGUCUAGAGUGCAAUAUACCGGUGACAACAAUGAAUAUAUUAUAAUCAAUAGACAGAAGUACAGACGUGAUGAGCUUCAAGCUGCAUUUGCAGGUACAUUGAAUCCCGGUCUUGCACCAUAUCCCAAAAUUAACAUCAAUGCGGCUCCCUUGGGACUUUGCGCAUUUGCAUUGACCAAUUUCAUGAUCUCGUUAUACAAUGCACAAGCAAUGGGUAUCACCAUACCAAACGUUGUUGUUGGUAUGGGUUGCCUUUAUGGCGGUGUAAUCCAAGUCCUUUCUGGUUUCUACUGUUUUAUCUCUGGUAACACGUUUGCUUUAACGGCGCUUGCGUCAUAUGGUACAUUUUGGAUAAGUUAUGCGGUGAUAUAUGUCCCCAAUUUUGGUAUUGGAAGUGCAUACGCCACUGCAGAGGAUUUGAAUCAAGCCGUGGGGUUAUUUAUAAUUGGAUGGAUUAUUUUUACAUUUAUCAUAUUAAUGCUUACUUUGAAAUCGACGGUGGCAUUCAUGGGUAUCUUCUUCUUUUUACUCAUAGAAUUUACAUUACUCGCUGCUGGAUUGUUAGCUGGUAAAACCGGCGUUGUUAGAGCUGGAGGAUGCGUUGGUAUGAUCACCUCGGUGUUUGCUUGGUAUGAUGCAUUUGCUGGUACAGCUACACCAUUCAAUUCUUAUAUUACUGCUAGACCAAUCCCAUUGCCUUGGUACAGACAAGGUGCCCAAUCCUAA